AUGAAUGAUAUUGGAAUUAAAACGGAUAACACAUCAGUUUCAGAGCCUUUAGAUCUUAUUAGACUUUCCUUAGAUGAAAGAGUUUACGUCAAAUUACGAGGAGACAGAGAAAUAAAGGGAAAAUUACAUGCCUAUGACAGUCAUCUUAAUAUGGUUUUAAGUGAUGCAGAAGAAACAGUUUAUACAAUUGAUAUUGACGAUGAAGCUGAAGAGCAUAUUAAUACUAGAAAAACACACUCAGAAAUGAUAUUUAUACGUGGAGAUUCAGUAAUUUUAAUAUCUCCACCGAGAAGAUAA